GUUUCCCAAUCAGUGAUAUUGCCAUGGGAAGUGAGGGCGGAUCCUGGGAUGCUGCCCAUGUAUUUAACUGGGAUACACCCAUUGUUCAGUGGAACUUCAUCAAGGGCAAGAUCAUAUCAAGGUUCUGCACAAUGAAGUUCUCUUUGUUUCUGGGCUUUGUGGCGGGGUCUAUUCUGGUUGUAGCCUCAGACCACAAAUUCAGUUCAGCACUGGAUGAAGAAUGGGAGAACUGGAAACUACAGUACAGCAAGCAGUACUCAGAGGGUGAGGAGAUCAACAGGAGAAUGAUUUGGGAAAGUGCCAUGAGUUACAUUGAACAGCACAAUCGAGAAUACUCAUUGGGGAAGCACACAUUUACUGUGGCAAUGAACCAAUUUGGAGAUCUGACCAAUGAAGAGUUCAAUACACUCAUGAAUGGAUUCCUCAUGAAUGAAGCUGAAAAUUCAACUGAGGAAGAAGCUGAAGAAUAUGAUGGGCUUGAUGAUGAUAAUGAAGAUGGUCUCGAGUUGCCAAGUACUGUUGACUGGAGGACAAAGGGUUUGGUUACACCAGUGAAGAACCAGGGACAAUGUGGCUCCUGCUGGGCCUUCAGUGCAACCGGAGCCCUCGAGGGACAGUGGAAGAAGAAAAAAAAUCAACUUAUUUCUCUGAGUGAACAGAACCUUCUGGAUUGUGACCGUAGAUCUCAUGGAUGCAGAGGUGGAUAUAUGCGAAGUGCCUUUGCGUGUGUAAAGAGACUCCGUGGCAUAAACUCUGAACGUACUUAUCCCUACACUGCACAGCAGGGGUAUUGCAAAUUUCAAAGAAGGAGGAUCGCUGCUAGGCUCCAAACUUACGGAGGAGUCAAGCGUAGGGAAUAUUAUUUAGCAAGAGCAAUAGCAGCAAUUGGACCAAUUUCUGUUGCCGUUAAUGCAAGACAUAGAUCCUUCCAGUAUUACAGUAGAGGCGUCUACUAUGAACGACGUUGCAACUCUAGAAUUGUGAACCAUGCAGUGCUGGCAGUUGGAUAUGGCAGAGAGAAUGGAGUAAAAUAUUGGCUUAUUAAAAACAGUUGGGGAACAACAUGGGGUGACAACGGUUACAUUAAGAUGGUGAAGGACAGGAACAAUAAUUGUGGAAUAGCCAAUUACAUGGUCUUUCCAAUUGUGUAAGUGCUCCAAUGUUCAACCAGAGCUUCAGAACUCGACCUGAAAAAUUGUGGAAACUUCUGCUGCUGCUUAUUCAUUCUACGCUGUUGCUUUAACAGUCUAUAGCAAAUAAAAACAUGUUUAGGGGAAUAAUCACAGUUUCUGUAUCUUCUUCACUGUGGCAAGAAAAGCAAACUAAUGGUGUAUUGCUAACUGCAAUUCUGAGUGACAGUGUUUUUCAAGUUGUGUCGAAACAAUGAUAGUGCUGAGAAAUUAUUAAAAGCUGCUGGCAACUA